AACCAAGAAAACUGGGCGUGGUCUCUGUUCGAAAAAAUGGACCAAAGUGUCUCGGCAGUCUUCACGUUGGUAUAAAAGGGGACCAGCUACUCAACCACAGCAUCAGUUAAUCAAGCUCUCUCGAUCAACUAAAAUGGCAUUCAAGUUCGUAGCUUUCGCCGCCCUCGUGGCCGCCGCCAACGCCGCAGCCCUGGGCCCAGCACCCCUUGCCUACCACCAGCAAGCUGUCCAUGCUGCACCCCUGGCCUACCACCAACCAGCAGUUCACGCUGCACCCCUCGCUUACGCCCCAGUUGCCAAGGCUGUAGUCAAGACCGUCGACGCCGACUACGACCCCAACCCUCAGUACAGCUACUCCUACGAUGUCCAUGACUCCAUCACCGGUGACGUCAAGAGCCAGCAGGAGACCCGCAACGGUGACGUCGUCGAGGGCAGCUACUCCCUCAUCGAGUCCGACGGAACCCGUCGUGUUGUUCACUACACCGCUGAUCCCCACAACGGAUUCAACGCCGUUGUUCAGAAGGAACCCGCUCAGGUCGCCAUCAAGGCUGCCCCUGUCGUCGCCAAGUACGCCGCCCCUGCUCCUCUUGCCUACCACGCCGCCCCCGUUGCCCACCUCUCUCACGGAUACGGCGCUCCCCUUUACCACUAAACUUGACUCUCCAUGAUCGAACAUAAUUAUUUAUAUUUAUAUUUCUGUAAAUAAAAUAGCCAUUUUUCCGAAU